GGAGGGUGUGAGCAAUCACACACAGAUGCGUUCUAGUUGUCGUACUGUAAGGGUGGACAGUGGAUCAAGUCGUGCAUGUUUGUGGAUAGUAUAGUUGGAGAAUAUAUUUUUAUCAACCUCUUGAAGGAGACACCAAAUCAGAACCAUCAUGGCUGACCUGAAGAAGAAGCUUUCGUGGGGUGGUAACUUCUGCCGAGGAUUCCUCUGCUGUUUCAACUUCCUUUUCUUGCUUGGAGGUAUCAUCCUAAUGGCUCUUGGUAUCUGGGUUCUUGUUGACACUGACUCGAAGCAUCUUACCGCCAUCCUGACGGACAACCUCCACCACACCGCGGCCUACAUUUUCCUCAUCGCUGGCAUCAUCGUCAUGGUCGUGUCGGUGUUUGGAUUCUGCGGAGCUAAGAUGGAAAGCAAGUGCUGUCUGGGAAUGUAUGUUUUCUUCUUGGUUGUUAUUUUCAUCAUUGAGCUUGCUGCUGGUUGUGUCGCCCUCUAUUUCUACGUAAAGACUGAUGUUGAAAAUGACCUGACUAAAACAUUGAAGGAUAACUACGGAGGAAACAGCACUGCAGACGAAAGCAUUACAAGUUCAUGGGAUUUCAUCCAGAAAACAUUUGACUGUUGUGGAGUAAAGGGUAAUGCCAGUGAAGCCGUUCGCAUGUAUGGGAUGAGUACAUGGUAUGCCAAUCAGACGGGUACACCCAAAGACAUUGUUCCAGUGUCUUGCUGUAAAAACGAAGAAAUGGCCGAUGCUUGCCAGCAUGCCACCGGCAGCUAUGCCACCUACAUCCAUGACCAGGGCUGUUCUGAGGGUGUAAAGGGCAAGGUUGCUGAAUACGGGACCGUUCUUGGAGUUAUCGGAAUCAUCGUCGCCGUCAUCCAACUGAUGGGAAUGAUCUGUGCACUCUGCCUCUGCAAGCGUCUGUAAGGAUGCAGCGCCCUCUUGAGUUCAAUCUCCUGUAAUCUAGGUCUUUCUCCUGUCUUUGGGAAUGUUGAGAAGCAAUAUAUCUAUGAUUCUACCUGCAAGUUAACGUCAAUAUGAAGGCAAUUCGAUCCCCGAAUGGAGGCCUCUUGAAUUGCCUGAUGAAAAUAAAUCUUUAGUUUGCAUUGUACAGCUCCAAAAAAUAUUCAUUGAUACUUGGCCGUUUAAUACAAUUGGAAAAUGCCUGGUUAGAUACGUUUGAAGGUGUCUCACACUGUGUACAGACAGUGAAAUGUUCAUCACUUAAACCUUCAUCAGAUAUUGACUAUCAAAGCUAGAAGGGCCUUAACUCAUGGAUUUAACUCAGUUAACACCCUUCUUGCUCUGGGGACACAGUAUCCUUCUCUGCUUCUAUCUGUUCCAAGAUCAAUUUAUCUUCAUUUUUGUUGUGAUAUCAUCUCUUUGGAAAGAGACAACCAUUAUUUACUGCCAAAAGGGCAGUAUUACUACGUUGAAAGAAUUGAUUAACGUCCAUCUAGUUCCAAGAAGAUGAUAUUUACCUAAUACAUUUCCUAAGUGGACUAUUCACUUUGACUUUCAGUGAAUGUUUGCUUCUUUUAAUG